GCAAGUGUUAGCUUUUCUAGCCCCCUUCGAAUUCACUCUGACAGAGUAUGGCGCUCUUUGAGCAAGUGGGACAGACAAGAGGCGUAUUGUGUACUUAACUGGGACGGCAAUAAUAAAAACAAAAUUAACUGCUGAAGCCAGCGAUAAACACAAGCACGUGAGAGCCGACACAAUGCUCGCUUGUGAGAUUUGUGAGGUUCCCAAAAGCACAACACAACGCCGAUCGUCACUAACCCACAAGCAACGAUUCAGCUACACAUCGACGGGCGGACACUUAUCGCAAGGGAGUUCAGUUUAAUCAGAUCUACUCUGCUAUUACCAUGGGAACGGGUGCCAAAAACUACCAGCCCCCAGAAUGGAUUACAGCUGAGUUUCUGCAGGAUGUGCUAAAGGAAUAUUUCAAGGACGACACUUUGGAGGUACGCGAGAUUGUGGUGAAGAGCGCACUGGGCGGGGCGAAUGUGGGCAGCGGCUACGCCAGCGAAAUGCACCGCGCCACUUUUAACUUGGCGCGGAAAGACGGCACCGGCCGCUUCUCCGUGAUUAUCAAAGAUCACCCCAAGGGCUACACUGGCGUCGUCGCACACAAGAGCAAACUGUUCAAGCGCGAGAUUGUGGCCUACAAAGAAAUUUUGCCCCGCGUUGAGGAGUUGCUUGCUUCCAUUGCUGACAAGACGAAAAUUGCUCCCGCCUGUUACUAUACCACCGAGACUCCUGAGCCAUUCGUUGUGCUGGAGGAUAUGCAACUAACAGGUUUUGAAAACUUCGAAAAGGGCCGCUUGCUUAACCUGGACUACACCCUGCCGGCCAUCGAGAGAUUGGCAAAGCUCCAUGCGUGUUCUGCUGUUAUAGCCAAAGAGACGCCUGAAGUUUUGGAGAUCUUCCACGAAGCACCCAUUUCUAGGAAUCCAGAUCGCAAGGAUUUCCUUGGCUUUUUUCCAGUGAACAUACGCUGCGUAGCUGAGGAGCUGACACAUUGGAAGGGCUACGAGGAGAUCACUGAAAAAAUGUUUAAAUUGGCCGAAACUGUGCUUCAGAAUGCAGUGCAAAUGUACGAAUGCCACGACCAAGGCUUCCGCGUUUUCAAUUCCGCUGAUUUGUGGAUUGACAAUUUGAUGUUCCAUAUAAACAAUGACACAAAGGAACCCGAUGAGGUGGUUUUGUUAGAUUUCCAGCUGUCGUACUAUGGUUCACCGGCAGUGGAUCUGAACUAUUUCCUCUUCGGCUCACUUAACGAGAAUGUGCGGAAAGUGCAUUUCAAGUAUAUAGUGCGUGAAUACCAUCGAAUUUUGAAAGAAACGCUGGAGAAGCUCCACUACGACGGCGAGAUACCGACGUUGAAGGACAUAAACAUCGAGCUUAUAAAGAACAGCCUGCAAGGAGUCAUCGCCGCCACUUGUCUCACUCCACUUAUCUUCAUGGAGUCAACGGGAGAUGAAAAAUUGGAAAACCUUACCACGCGCACUGAAGAAGGUGACCAAAUGCGACGCCAAAAUGUAGAAAAUCCAAAAUAUCGCGCGUUUCUCCAGCGUACAGUGAAAGAAUUCGAGCUCUGUGGCUUUUUAGACGCUUGAAUGGGCAUACAUUAAUAUGUAUUAACUAUAUGGUAUUUGUUAGAUAAGCCAAUCUAUUAUUAUUAUAUAUGUAUGUACGAGAAAAGUUGGUGGAAAGAAGUAUACUUGGGGCUAAUGUGCGUCCCCCAAUAUUUUUAAAA